AUGGCAUUCCGCCAACUGCAGGGCUAUGACUAUGGCAUUGGGCAAGGGCCUGGACAGGAGGGUCACGGUGGAUCGACGUUCUGCGGUGUUGCAGCGCUGUCGCUGAUGGACCGAUUGGGAGAUAUGAGUCCAGCACAGAGG